AUGGCAUUUAAUUCUGAUGAGAUUCCGAAGAUCAGAGAAGAAGAGACACCAUCAUCAAUUUUACUCUCAAUCCCAAUCGCAUUCACAAUGCCCAAAUCUCAUGUUUUUCGGUUUCCUUCCGCUUGAUUUUUACUCUUCUCCUCCGAUCAUUCUCGCGCUUCCCUUUGAUCCAUUGUAUUCUAUUGUAUUGUAUUCUAUUUGUAUGUGCGCCUGCGCCCGAUUCUUUUGUUGUGUAUAGGAAUUGCGUCUCAAUCCGCCGCGUGAUUAUUGAACAAUUUGGAAAUCAAUCGAUGCUGGGGGAUCAGGAGCUGCGGAGGAAUGAUGCGCUCUCGAAUUCCUCCGAUUCCGCCGCCGAAGAAGUUCAAGAGGCAAUGAAGGGUUUGAAGAUAGGGAGCCGUGAUGGAAAUGGUGGAGUGGAUGAUGAUCGAAGUUGUACGUUACCGUUGCCGGAUCGACCAGGCGAACCAGAUUGUAUAUACUUCUUAAGAACAGGGACUUGUGGUUAUGGAAGCAAUUGUCGUUUCAAUCAUCCCUCCAAUGCAGGAGGACAGCAAGUUCAUGAGCUUCCGGAAAGAGAUGGACAGCCGAAUUGUGAGUAUUAUUUAAGGACUGGUGCCUGCAAAUACGGAUCAACUUGUAAAUAUCAUCACCCAAAAGGCAGACAAGCUUAUCAACAUCCCAAGGACAGUAAAUCCGAUUCAUUAAUCAUGCUGAAUAUGUUGGGCUUACCAAUGCGCCAGGGAGCGAAGCCAUGUCCUUAUUAUAUGCGGACAGGUUCUUGUAGAUUUGGCUAUGCUUGCAAGUUCGAUCAUCCUCAUCCUCAUCCACCAUCCCCUGCAAAUGUCUUGCCAAUGGUAAGACCCAUGUAUGGCUCGGGUGGCUCUGCCAUUGCCCCUUCUUCCGGUCCUCUAUCUGCAGGCGAACACUCAGCAGUGCCGCUAUCACAAGCAGCCUAUGUUUCGAAUCCCCUCCAUCUUCUUCCGAGCUAUAUGCCAAUUUAUUUAGCUCCACCAGGCUGGGAGACUAACCCGGUAUCAGAGUUUAAUCUACCAGAAAGACCUGAUCAACCAGAAUGCCGAUAUUACAUGAAUCAUGGAACCUGUAAAUACGGAUCAGAGUGCAAAUAUCAUCAUCCCAGAGAAAAGAUGUUACAAUCGGCUGCAAGUUCUCUCGGCCCAUUCGGGCUUCCUUUAAGACCUGGGAAGCCAACGUGCUGGCAUUACACACUCUAUGGACACUGCAAAUAUGGUCCAGCUUGUAAGUUCGAUCACCCUGUGGACGGAUUCUCUUACAUGUACAACCCGAGCACCCCUCUUUUAUCCGAUCCUUAUGCUCGUUCGGGUCAACACCCGAGCAUGACUGCCGCCAUGCAAUCAUCAGACAACACAGGCAGCGAUGAGAAAAUUCAUGCGAAAAGUGUUGGAGAUUCAGUUGCUGCUCCUCCUUCGGGCGAGCAAUCGCUCGAUGAUAUUGAUUGAGAAACGGCUAACGAAUGGUGAACCGGCCGCGGUGGCGAAGGUAAUUGGUUCAUUUUUGUUGUGUUUUUAUCAAUGGCUAUAUAUAUGUUUGAGAUUAAUGUUUUCUAUGGACUUUUGUGGCUCCCUUCGAAUCUUACUUACUUUACUUUGGGGGGUACGUUUACUAUUAUGAAUGGAUUUUAAUAAAUUAUUGAUAAUUUAUUCA